AUAAACAAACAAAAUAAUACUAAAAUUGGGUUCAUUUUUGUUUGGUGAUCCGUAUCUUUUUAUGUUGGAUGAUUUUUUAUCUGAAAUUUAAUAAAAAGUGAAAAUCAGAAUUUUUUUUAAAUAAUAGAAUGAUCCAGCAGUUUGUGUUUGUUUCAAUUAAUAAUUUAAAAAUAUUCAGAAAGAAUGAAAUUUUUACUUUUAACUGUCUCCCAUAUCUCUAAAAUUUUAGCAUUACGUUUCAUUCUCUUUCGUAAAGAACUUUCUUAAGGUGCCUGUUCUAGUACAAACGUUAUGCAUUUCAUCAAACAUUUUGUUUGGAUAAAAUUAGUGCACUAACGGAAGGACAAUGCUAUUGUACCAUGUACUCACUGUUUGAAAUUCGAAAAAUUUUGUCUGUUUCGAAACCUGGAGGCUAUAAUGGAGUUAAAAUCUUACUGUCUGCUUAUACUGAAAAUAAAGAGCAUAGUGUAUUAGCUUUAGUGUGCAAUAAUGGCUAUCUUCUAUUUCGUCAUGUCAGUACUAAAUUGAAUGCUCCUGUGAUACGCCAACUAUGUUGGUUCAACAAUCCAGAAAAAGAAAUCAAAGCUUUAAGCUUUGAUUCUUCUGGUAUGUGGUUACUAACAGUAACUCAAGAUGCAACUUUAUACAUUCUACCUGUAUCUCCUAUUGUGGAAUCUGUUGUCAAAACUCCUGCUUCUUGGAAAAUUGAUAAUUUAACAGAAAUAAAACUAACUGGACAAAGAGCUCUCACAACUUCGGUCCAGUGGUGGUUAACUCAUGAAUCCGAACACAUAGCAAUAAUUGGCAGUGAGUUAGGUGAAAUUUCCUUUAUUAACUUAGUUAAUAAAAAAGAAGUUGGAGGUACAUAUAUAACUAGUGGUAUAUCUGCACUUGAUAUCUUGUAUGAUGAGAGUCAUGACACCACUUAUUUAUUGAUUACAGGUAGUAAUCAGCAACAAUGGAGACUGUUAUUAGAAGAAAAGAAGUCUAAUUUCUACUGGCCAUUUAAUUCAGAUACUGAGAUAACCACAUAUAAUUCUGGAAAAGGGAUUCCUGUUGCAGAAAAAGUGCCAUUAACAGAUGACAAAAAUGGGGAUCAGAGGCCGCAUCGUCUUUCAAAAUUUGAAAGUGGAACAUUUUUAACACCCCAGUGUGGUGAUGGAAGAAAUCUUGUUUCUGCAUAUAAUUCAUCAUCUUGUCUCCUUCAGGUCUUGGAAGGUGAUUUGGACCGAAUGCAUUUAUUUUCAUACAAAGUCCCUCCAGAUUGUGAAAAUAUAAUUUUGUCUGAUAAGCUGAUCUUUGCUAUUUCUAAAAAUCAACCCUCUAAUCAGCAUGUUUUAAAAAUCAUUUCUAGAAAAUUUGCUGAAAUAUCAUCAGAAAAUUCAAAAAAGAGAGAAACUCAAAAUGCUGACAUCCAGAAGUUUGUUUUCAAUGAUGGAAUAUUAGCUAUAUAUAAAGCAGCAAUACAGUAUCCUAAAGAGAAAUCUAGUACUGUAUGUUCCAAAUCCAGAUUAGAAACUGAUCUGACAAAAUCAACUGACAAGAUUUUAUCUAACUCUGAUAAUCGUUUUGAACAAAAUAAAAAUCUCCUUCAAAGUGAAAUUGUUUUGCAGAAGUUAGAUGCUUUAAUUAAUGAACAACAAAGUCUCGAGGGAUGUAUUUUGGUGCAGAAUGAUUGUGUUUGGGAAUGUAGAUUAAGAAUUUCAGCUGAAGCAUUAUUUCUGAGCCUCACUGCGACUCCUUCUGAUUUACCUCUUGCUGAAAAAUUAGGUGUAAUGCUUGGAUUAGAUCUUCAUAAAUUAUAUGAUAUUGCUGCGGAUGUCCAGUUAUCUUCAGGACAAUUUGCUCAAGCAGUUCAUUUAUAUCAGCUUUCAAAGUGUCCUCAGUUAAAGCGAGUUGCACAUUUCAUGGGAUAUGGUUUCUUGUCUGAAUUAAUUGCUUAUACUCAAGUGCUUUUCAGCACUAAAAGUGUAGAAAUUGUGUCAGCUGAUAAGUGUCAUUUCGCUAACAUUGCCCUUCACUGUUUCGCACAUCAAGUUAAGAACAAAUUUCAAGACAGAAGUGUUAUUAACUUGGCUUUUAAAAAAUUUUUAAAAGAAAAUGCAUACUAUGAUGAAGAAGUUGCUGCCAAACUAUUAUCUGAGCAAGGUCUUAAUGAACUAUUGCAUUAUUUUGCAGAGAUUCGUGGGCAACAAGGAUUAAUGGUUGAGACAUUGCUUUCAACAGAUGGCAUCAAAGCUACAAUUGAGAAAACUGUUUAUAACGCUUUAUCUUCCUCUGGCUAUGAAGUGAUUCUACAUCACACUAAUGACGAAUAUUACAUGAAAUGCAUGACAUCUUAUCAUCUGCUUCAAUUUCUGGCUGCAAAACCAUCGCUGCUGAAUCUACAUUUGCAGCAUUUAAUUACUUUAUUACCUAAAAUGAGUGUCCCAAUGUUGAAAAGGGUUGCUACUUUAUAUGAUCCAACACGUCAUGUUGCAAAACUCUUUUUCCGAAAUUUGGCUUCAUCAAAAAUGAAUAAGAGAUACUGGAGCCUAUCUUCUCUGACAACAAUAACAAAUGAAGUGCAUGAGAUAAACCACAAGGACGAUGAGAUAUCAACUGUUGAAGAUGUUGUAAAGUUUUUUAUUUUCGUCUUAUUGAUGCUGUUUCACAAAAUUGGAUGUCCAAAAUUUUCUUCUGAGUUAAUUGAAACUUCUAAAACCAGUGAAGUGCCUGGAAAACUUCCAAGUCGAUUACAUUCGACAAUUAGUAAUUCAGAACUAUCUGCAGUUGAUUCUUCACCCAUAUCCUGUGGUCAAGCUCAUGUUGCUUACUUAAAUGAAGGAACUUUGUAUACAUGGGGUAAAUCGGGAAAUGGAAGAUUAGGAACAGAAGAUAUCAGUGCAGAAUAUCAACCUCCACAGCCUGUCUUAACUUUCCUUCGACUUCAGGUGAACGUCAUAGCUGUGUCUUGUGGAGCACUUCAUACUUUAGCAUUGACAGAUUUUGGUUUAUUUGGUUGGGGAUCUUCCCGUUUUGGACAGUUAGGUAUGGGAGAGCUGCAACAAACUGUUCAACCAAGAAUUGUCGAAUCCCUUUUAGCGGAAACAAUUGUGAAAAUUGAGUGUGGUCAGUAUCACUCAGUGGCACUAAAUGCCGACGGAAGAGUCUUUACUUGGGGCUGGGGUGUUCAUGGUCAGUUAGGUCAUGGCAAUGCUGAAGAUAUUGUUUUUCCGAAAGUCAUUGAAUCUCUAAGGAAGAAAACAAUAGUUUCUAUUUGUGCUGGACAAGGACAUACUGUUUUACUAAACAAAAAUGGAAAUGUUUAUACAUUUGGAUGUGGAAUGUUUGGUCAACUUGGAACAGGGUCCGUCUUGAAACAAAGUCAUCCACAACUUGUUAAUAUUCCUGAACGUAUUAAAAUAAUAUCUACUGGCCAUUUUCAUGUGCUGGCUGUGAGUAGAAUAAACAAAGUAUAUACAUGGGGUUGUAAUCCACAAGCUUUACGACUUCAAGCGCAAAAUUCUCGUCGAGCUCGCCAUCACGGAUCUAAUCACAAUUCUGGUUCUUCAAAUCCUUCCUCAAGUGCUGUUGUGGUUAACAACUCGCUACACAGAUCUACUCAUGCAAAUGGAACAAUCCAGCAAAGUCAUCUUUUACCUAAUCUGGUCAAUGUUUCAUCCAUAGACGACACCAUAAUUCAGCUAUCCUGUGGAAGCCAUCAUUCUGUUUUAGUUACUGCGUCUGGCAAAAUAUUUUCCUGGGGACGGAAUUCUGAAGGUCAGAUUGGGAAUGGCACAAGAAAAGAGCAAAAAAUUCCUAGUAUAAUCACAAGCUUUAAGGACAAAAAAAUUAUCCAUGCUGCAUGUGGAGCAGAUUUUACUAUUGCAAUUGACUCUUUUGGAAAGAUUUAUGGAUGGGGGCAGAAUGACGGUGGACAAGUGGGCCAAAAACCGUCUUCGGAGCCUAAUACGAAAUAUAGUUCUGGGUCCACUAGUGGUCGUGUGAUUACUAUUCGCACAAAUAGAAGAAUGAUAACUAUAACUCAGCCUUGUCGUCAAAGUAUUCUCCGACCAGUUGAAAUAGUUAUUCCACACUACGAUGUGAAAAAACCGGGUCUUCUAGACAGUGGCAGUUUUGAAAAUGAAUAUCCAAUAAUGAAGGUGUUUAAUCAUCGAUUUUCUGCUCCAAAUGGUGUAUCAUAUAGUCUUGAUCUUUCGAAUCUCGAUGAUCCUUUAAAGGGGUCAUUUGUACUUCAUGCUGCUCUAGAAAUAUUCCAUGUGUACUGUGAUUCUUCUGCACUUUUAAAUCAUUGUCUUAAUUUUGGAAAUUUUCAAGCAGCUGCUAAACUUUGUUUGUUGGAAAGCAUGUUUGAUCAGGCUGUUAAAUAUCAAUUAGAAGCUCUGGUAUCUGUUUCAAAUUCAAGCAGAAUCGAUUUACAAAUGGCUCUACACGUAAUUAGCUUUUACACAAAUUUGCUGGAUCAUGAAAAUGUUGAUUUGAACAAGAAGUUCCUUACCCAUAUUAUAAAAUUUUGGAUGACGAAUAACUUACCAGUUCUUCCUUUGGAGUCUCUUUUCCAAUAUUAUCAACGUAUAUUUGCAUAUCCUUUGAGCCUCUUAAUAUUUAGUGAAAACAUACCUGACCUGGAUCCCGAAAGUCACAGUGAAUUUUUGAAAUCACUUUCCGCAAGGUUCUGCUUAACUAUCAUACAUGGGGUUCUUAAAAAAGUAGAACAAGGCUGCCAUUUAGUCAACCUUUUAGAUGAAAUGGACAUUUUAUCUGAUACUGCCAAUGUUUUGAAUCAAAUUCAAGCAUCUGACGCUUUAACGUGGGAUGACUCAAUACCUCAAGAUCGAUUGUGGUUGGAUAUAUUGCACAAUUUACAAACUGGUGUCAUGUCACAUUCUGCCAUCCUGUUAACGUCUAGCGAUGUAGAUUUACUAGCAAAAUCACUUCUUAGUGAAAAAUUGUAUGUGCAAUCAUUCAACAAUACUUUAUCUAGUAUCAAUAAGUUAAAUUCGAAUGGAAAUGAUGCUGUGAUAUUUUCUUGUGGGCAUCAUUACACCCUUCCAGUUUUCCAAGCAAAUAUAUUGCCUUUAUUUAAAGAAUCUUUGCAAUCGCUGUUUUAUUCCAUACCUCAGACUAUGAAAUUUCUUCUGUCUGAAUACCAAGAAGAUAUUAUUACUGCUGCCUGCCCAAAAUGUGUUAGUGCAGAAAUAAACAACGAUCUUUGAUUUUUUUAAUUUUUAGAAAAGAUAUUUUAUGAUUGUAAAAUGAAUGUACAGUCUAUUUAUUUAAAAAUCGUGUGAUUUAAAGUUUUAUGAGAAACACUGUACAAAUUGUCUUAAUUUCAAUUUCUUUACUAUUUUAUUUCAAUGUAGAUAUAAAAAUAAAUAAUUUCUGCAAUUACUCAAUUAUUUAGUGAAAGUGUUGUCAAUCUUUAAAACUGUUUUAUCUAAAUAAAAGUACUUAACUAAAUAUUUUAUAGUUCAAAAUAAAUACAUGUACAUUCCCUUUUACUCUGCUUCAGAAUAUAUAUAUAUAGCUUUAUUAGCGAAAUUUUUUGCAUUUUAUUCUUUAUAAAUUUUUUUUAAUGUAUGAGUAAUAUACAGGAUGGUUAUAAUUAAAUUGAUCCUAUUCAGAACCGUCUAUCUAUCGGAUUCUGAUGAAACUUGGUUCAUACGUUAUAUGGACCAUGGAGGAAAAAUUUCUGCAGUAAAAAAAAUAGUUCAAAUUUUGACUACCACGGGGAAUUAUGGCGCCUAAAGAAUGCAAAAACUGUCAGGAUCAUUAAAAUUGAUUCAAUUACAUGUGCUCCACUGGCAGAAAUUAUGUGUUGAAAGCGCAUUAGUGUGUUCAAUCAAUGGUAACGUGAAGAAACUCGAGGGUUUUCAGCAAUAUGAAAUGCUGGCUUCCAACUCGGGUAAAGUUCUAAUUUCUCCUUUAUAAACACGGUCUUUUAAGAAUCCCCUCAACCAGAAACCACGGGAUUUAAGUCGGGUGAAUGAGGAGGUUCAGGCAUCGGUAUUACACGAUUCUCGCUCAAGUUCGUACGAAGCAGUUCUUCGACUUGGCACACAAUGUGGAGAGUUGUAACAUCUUGCAAGACAGCAGUCUACAAACAUUGCCUUUCCUGUAAAGAAGGAAUUACCUGCAGGCGAAGGAGUUUACUAUGCGGAGCACUCGUGAUAGAGCAUGCUUUAGGACACUGAGGAGUAAAAGUUUCCAAAAAAAAAAAAAAAAAAAAAACGGCCCGAGGAUAAAAUAUGCAAUAAAUUCACAACAUGCAGUCACGUAAUCAAAAUGCAGUGGUUGUUGGUACAGGAAUUAUGAGAAUGAAACACACAAUAUUUCAAUUUGAUCCAAGUAAUUUUGAUUAUUUACAGCUCCAUCUAAAGAAGAGAGCGUCUCAUCUUACAAUAGAAUUUGCCAAGAACAACCACCAUCAACUUCCAUUCUCGCCAAAAAUCAACCAGCCGAUUCAUAGCGUGUUUGGUUUGAGGUUGCAGCAUUUGCACCACGUACAACUUAUACGGAUACCAUUUUAAAACGGAUCGCAUAGUUUUUCGUACUAUCGACCACGGAAUCGCCAACUCACGUGACACCGAUCGAGCAUUUGUUGAAGAAUAGAUGGAACAGGAGGCUUUUUCAAUAACAGCAGUUGCGGCUCUGACAAUUUCAUUCGCAACCAGUCACCGCCCUCUUCCUGGCAGCAUACCCAAGGCUGCAGUUUCUUCAAAUUUCAUAAUUAUCUUCUUCAAAAUCAUUCUUUGACAUGGGCACUUAUCGCAGUCCAUUUAAACGACGAUAUUAACACAAUACAGCUAAGAUAUUGCUGUCGUUUUGAUAUAACAUUUUUACCAGUAUAGCUCGGUCUUUCUUCUAUAAAGGUAUGAUUAACAAUGACAAAGGCACGCAGAAUGAUUAUCGAGCUCUGACUGCAAGUCUCUUUAUGGGUUUGACUAACUUGAAUGAAGAAUUUUUUUAAAAAGUGUCAUCUGGUGGUCAAAGUUUGAACUAUCCUUUAUUUCAGAAAUCUUUUCUCCAUGGUUCAUAGCGCGCAUAUAACAAGUUUUAUCAAAAUCCGAUAGAUAGAACGGGUUCUAGAGGGGACUGAAUAGAGUCACAAAUUAUAAACACCCUAUUUUUGAGAUGGUGUCAGUUCCCAAAGAUUCGCAUGGUAAUUUCCAUUCUGCAAACAGUGGACCCUACGGACUGACACUUCGUUAUCUUGAUGCUUUGUCAGUCGAAAUGAAAAGUGCAUUGAAUUCAGCUCCGUCUCGAACACAUUAAUGCCUUUCUUUCAAUAUUUCUUGUAUGAAUUGUCAAUAGUAAUAAAAUUAAAUUUUGAAAAUUA